GAAGACACCUCGAGUGAUCAUCAUCAUUAGACUCAGUAUGCUGGCGAUACUUGGUUGCUUUCUGUUGGUCACUACCAUUGUGGGUCCUGCUGUUUCACAUCCCUAUCAGGAUCAAAAUUCAGAGGGUGCCCUUGAUUACAAGCUUUUUGAAAACCGAUUGGAUCAACUAGAGCUGAAACUACAAAACUCCACCGAUCAGAUCAGAAUCGAGCAGAACUCGCUUCUCAACAACACAAAUGCACUGCUGGAGAAAAUUUUAAGCAGUUUAAUAGUAAUUCAACAGCAAACCAGACAAAUGACCGUUAUCAACUCCUGCACGGAAGCUACCGCCACAGGAAAGUAUCAUCUACAACUGACUAAGCGUUCAGCGCCAACAACCGUGUUCUGCGACAUGGAGCUGCUCGACGGUGGUUGGGUGGUGAUUCAGCAACGGCUGGAUGGUUCCGUCAACUUCAAUCGAAGCUGGGCCGACUAUCGGUACGGGUUUGGCGUGGUUGGACCGGCCAGCGAGUUUUGGCUGGGGCUGGAAAGCAUUCAUCAGCUGACGAGUGGUGGAGAUCAAGAGUUGCUGGUGCAGCUCAGGAACGAAUCCGGCCACGACGGGUACGCCAGAUAUGGACGAUUUAAAGUGGAAGGAGAGGAUCGGGAAUAUAGGGUUUCUUCUUUGGACGGGUUCAACGGGACGAUUAGGGACGUGCUGUCUUAUUUGGAACGUAAACAAUUUUCAACUUUCGACAAAGACAACGAUCAAUGGUUUGGUGGAAGCUGUUCGCAAAAAUACGGUGGUGGUUGGUGGUUUGACGGGUGUGGGUCUACGAAGCUUAAUGGACCAUUUAAGAAAAAUGCCAUUACUGAAGAGGGGAUUUCCUGGAGUGGAUGGACAUCAGAAGGAUCGUACAGCCGGAUGCUGAUUCGACGCAAAUAGAAACACAAAGAUGUACAUAUUUUUCUCAAA